GACCCCGACGAUGCUGCCGAGCAGGUGAAGCGUUACGAGGACUUCACGACCAUCGAUUGGAUACAGGAUAGCAUAAUUGAGCACAACCGCAGGCUACGACGCGAACACGCACAACGCGAAGAGUAUUACUCUCAUUUAUCUCGCCAAACCCCGUCAGGUUCCUGGUUCGACGUCAAGGUCACAAUACCGUGGCUAUGGAUGCAAUUGCGUGGUCUGUUAUGGGCGGGACAGGGCUGGCUUGUGAUCAGUCUCGUUGGUAUAUGUAUAGGCGUGAAUGCCGCGGUCAUCUCCAUUACCACGGAAUGGCUCUCUGACAUCAAAAUGGGCUAUUGCUCGGAUGGAUGGUGGUUGAAUCAACAAUUCUGCUGUUGGGAAGUCGAAGAAGACGUUUCCGAUGCUCAAGGUUAUGGAUGCGCUAGCUGGCAUCCCUGGUCCACAUAUACGUUCGCUCGAUGGAUCAUCUAUAUUCUAUGGGCUGCUAUAUUCUCGUUCGUGUCUGCUCACCUGGUGAGGUCAAUCGCCAAGUACGCCGCGGGUUCUGGUAUUUCGGAGAUCAAGUGUAUCCUUGCCGGAUUCGUGAUGCAUGGGUUCCUGGGCUUCGGGACGUUUUUCAUCAAGAGCGUGACCUUGCCGAUGGUGAUUGCCUCUGGACUCAGCGUCGGUAAAGAAGGACCCUCAGUGCAUGUCGCAUGCUGCAUCGGCAACCUGAUUGCUGGACUCUUCUCGCGGUACACGAAGAGCCAAGAGAAGCGGCGAGAGGUUUUGACGGCCGCAAGUGCUGCCGGUGUUGCAGUCGCCUUUGGCUCACCUAUUGGUGGUGUCUUGUUCUCGAUCGAGGAAAUGAGCCAUGUGUUCAAUAUACAAACUAUGUGGCGUAGUUUUGUCUGCGCUCUAGUCGCUACAGUCACGCUAUCGGCGAUGAACCCCUUCCGCACGGGCAAACUCGUGUUGUUUCAAGUCACCUACGAUCGUGACUGGCACUGGUUCGAGGUCAUUUUCUACGUCAUAUUGGGAAUCUUCGGGGGUUUGUAUGGUGCCUUUGUCAUCAAGUUCAACUUGAUGGUUGCUGCUUUUCGUCGAAAGUAUCUUGCAAAUCACGGAGUUGUAGAGGCUGUUGCUCUUGCAACUCUGACAGCCUUCAUUGGUUAUUCCAACCGAUUCCUGCGCAUCGACAUGACGGAAAGUAUGGAAAUUCUCUUCAAGGAAUGCGAAGGCGGUGGCGAUUACGAGAAUCUUUGCCAGUCGACCUACCAGUGGCGUAUGGUAAACUCGUUAUUCCUGGCUACAAUCAUUCGCAUCGGGCUGGUGAUUAUAUCGUACGGAUGCAAAGUGCCCGCUGGCAUAUUCAUCCCAUCCAUGGCCAUUGGAGCAUCAUUUGGGCGGAUGGUGGGAAUCAUGGUCAAGGCAAUAGCUACACCUGGCGAAGGGCUCUUCGCGUACUGCCAACCUGACGUACCAUGCAUUACACCAGGGACCUACGCCUUCCUUGGUGCGGCUGCGGCACUCAGUGGUAUCAUGCGCAUCACAGUUACUGUCGUCGUGAUCAUGUUUGAACUGACAGGCGCCCUGACCUAUAUCUUGCCAACCAUGAUCGUGCUGCUGGUUACCACAGCCGUAGGCGACUUCCUCGGCACACGCGGGAUCGCCGACGAGAUGAUUCGUUUCAACGGAUUCCCGUUCCUGGAAAAGGAAGAUCAUGCAUUCAACGAAUCCGUAUCUCGUGUAAUGCGGAGUGAACUGCAUACACUUCAUGCUACGGGCCUGCGCGUAGCAGACGUUGAGGCAAAGUUGUCCGCUACCGACGUGAGGGGUUUUCCGAUCGUAUGUGCUGACGGAGCUCGUGUGCUGCUCGGAUACAUCGACAGAGCGGACUUGCGUUACGUUUUGGACAAAAGCUCCCGACUACGAGGAACUACAUCCGAAACUAGGUGCUCCUUCAUAGCGCACGAUGAUGUACCCUCAACACCAGACCUUCCGGCCUCGUCAUCAGGGCAGGCCAUCGGUGUUGAAGAGGAAAUCUCUGCUGAGAUCCUUAGGAAUACCGCUACUCGUGAUGUGCUCAAUUUGUCGCCGUGGGUCAACCAGGCUCCAUUGACAGUGUCACCCAAGCUUCCGCUCGAAAUCGCUAUGCAGUUAUUCAAGAGGAUGGGACCACGCGUCAUCCUCGUCGAGGAGCAAGGCGUCCUUGUCGGACUCCUUACAGUCAAGGAUGUAUUGCGCUUCAUCGCGCAGGAACAUGCCGAAGACUUAGCGCUGUGGGACUAUCAAGAGGAAGUGGACGAGGUGGCAGAGCAGCUACGUAGUAUGGCAUCGAUAUCGUCCGGCUCAGGACUUAUAGACAGAGCUCGUCGAAUUUUUGGGCGCUAAGUCAUAACUUACUUAUGUAUGGGGGUUGCAUUCUUGACGAUGCUGUACGACUUGCGAUAAGGCCGUGUAGCCCAACGAGCCGAC